CACAAACAAGCCUCCAUUUGGCGGUUGACACUUUCCACCCCAUUAAACGAAAACCCAAUUUCAAUUUGGUCUCCAUUUCUCAGUUUGAAUUCUCAUCUCUGCUUUGUGCUCUCUGGAAAUAAACAACCGUUGAGAAAUGGCAGCUGCGACUCUGUCUUCGACAGUGUUUGUAACCUCAGCUUCAUGUUCUUCUUCUUCUUCUUCUUUGUAUUCUUCGUAUCUCAAACCAAGGACCUUGAAGGCUUCAGCUUUGACUUCCUCGUCAUCUAUUUGCUCUCUGAAUGGUUUUCCUUGCAACCCCAUCUCAGCUCGUCCAUCAUUUCACAGGAAUUUGUAUAGGGUACAUGCAACUAUUCUCCAAGAUGAAGAAGAGAAAGUGGUGGUGGAGGAGUCCUUUGAGUUCAAGGCAACUACCUCUGAUGAAGUGAAAGCCAGCAGUGGGGAGGCCUCUGAGAGUGAGCCUUCUAGUGAUUUUGAGAAAUGGGUUAUCAAGGGUGAACAGUCCAUCAACAUUUUCCUAACGGAUACAGUGAUUAAGAUACUUGAUACUCUUUACCAUGACCGUGAUUAUGCGAGGUUCUUUGUACUGGAAACUAUUGCGAGGGUUCCUUACUUUGCCUUUAUGUCUGUUCUACACAUGUAUGAGAGUUUUGGCUGGUGGAGAAGAAGUGAGUAUUUGAAAGUGCAUUUUGCUGAGAGCUGGAAUGAGAUGCACCACUUGCUUAUCAUGGAAGAAUUGGGGGGAAAUGCUUGGUGGUUUGAUCGCUUUCUUGCUCAGCACAUUGCAGUCUUCUAUUACUUUAUGACGGUUUUUAUGUACAUAAUAAGCCCACGAAUGGCCUAUCACUUCUCUGAAUGUGUAGAGGGCCAUGCAUUUUCAACCUACGACAAGUUUAUCAAGGCUGAAGAAGAGAAUCUGAAAAAAUUGCCUGCUCCUGAGGUUGCUGUAAAAUACUACACUGGAAGUGACUUGUACUUGUUUGAUGAAUUUCAAACUUCCAGACCUCCCAAUUCUCGAAGGCCGAAAAUAGAGAAUUUGUAUGAUGUAUUUCUGAACAUAAGAGACGACGAGGCUGAGCACUGUAAGACGAUGAAGGCCUGCCAGACUCACGGGAACCUCUCUUCUCCUCAUUCACUCAUAGAAGAUGAGUCUACCUGUGUGGUUCCUGAAACAGAUUGUGAAGGUAUUGUAGAUUGUUUAACAAAAUCCGUUACGACGAAACCAGCAGAGUGAACCAUUACAGACAUACAACAGAAGAACAGGAAAAUUAGCUAGAAGUUAUAAAUCAUAGUAGUAGAGUUUUGUAUACAGAAAGAAUAAUAUAGAUCCCACAGCUAUCUUCCUUAUUCAAUGAAGCUUGCUCUCUCUUCCAU